AUGGACCCCGCAUCGGCACUUGCCCAAAAACUGGCAUCGUUGAAGCAUUUAACAUCCAAUAUCCCCCCGGGAUACUAUGUCAUCGACACCUCUUCUCCGUCUCGAUCUCGAUCUUCGACUACCCCAUCUUCCUCGGCUUCGGCCGCAAACGCAAUACAAGAGGAGGACGAUGACGAGGGGUCCGGGUUCGCUUACAUCAACCCCGAGCUAAGUGGAACGACACAAAGUGGCCGGGUGCCUCCGAUUUCCGGAUUGGCCACCGAGUCCCCCGAAGAUCUGAAAAGUGAAAAAGAGGAAUCGAAAAAGGUCAGCUAUACGUUUGAAAUGUUCUGCGAAGACUUUGACCCAACCGACGACACCAUAAGACGACUGUUCGAGCUCAUGAUGGUCGAAUUGGCCAACAAACGAGAAGCAUUGGUACAUAAGCCUGCCGCCGGUUCCAUACGCAAGCGAUUCGGAUCCAUGUCGAACCUGCAGAUGAGCGCUAGCUACCACGGUUAUCACUCCCAAAGCACAGGCAAUCUUCGACACUCUUAUGCCGGACCGCCUGCCCCUGUCUUUCAGGGCUUCCAUAGUGGCCAGUCAUCUGUCUCAGGAAGCUUUAUUCCUGGCAGCUAUGUGCCGCCUGGAUCCAUUCCUAGCUCGCAUGCGGGUUCUGUUUCGGGAUCCAUGGCAGGAUCUAUUCCUGGGUCGGGUUACCACACCCCCAACCAUCCUUAUCUUUCAUCCCUGACACCCAUUCACCAGGAAAAUGACACUGUUCCUCAGGUUGUAACGGGCUUUGCUGGUUCUCGAAACAUCAGCAGUCCCCAAUUGGCUUCCUCUACAUCUAACAUUUCGUCUCGAAUGUCUCGAGCCUUUGAGCGAGCUGGUUCCUCUGGCCACAACAUGCCCUCGUCCUCAAACAACCCUUCCCACACAAACCUCAGCGUUCUGAGCACCGGCUCUGCUGCAACAGGUCCGCCGUCGCCAUCGCAAUCGAGUCCAGUCUAUGUACCUAUGAAAUCUCCAAAAUCAGCCGUCAGUCUAAACCCUGACCCUCGACGAAUGUCUCAAUCGGAUGCUUGGAUGCCCUAUGCUGGUCUUAGUGCUCGUGCCCGUGCCAAUUUUGGAUCGGGAGGCCGGUUCAGUGUAACCAGCAGUGUUUCUGAUGGAGAUGCCUUUGAUCGCAUGAAAGAAGCGGAGGCGUCAGACAGAAGUGAAUGA